UCAACCGCCAGUGGCCACGUAAGAUCUGACAGUGGCACAAUGACGUUUAACAAUUUACUUUUCCUGAUAAAUGUAUCUUACAAAUUUCACUCAUAAAAACUAGCAUUUGCUAUGUUAGUCACUCUAGAGUCGGUCGCUAUUUAGUGUUAGUUCAUUCAGAGUUGUGAAAGUCAUGGCUGAACCAAAUGGAACACGCACCUCACAAGGAAAACCUCAAUAUCAGUUCAACGGCAUCAACUCCCACAAUUCGUCCAGAGAGGUUUCUCCGCUACCCCGCGUUGGAUACACACCGGGCUCCCAACUGCCCCCCCACAUGGCCCCACAGCUGCCACCCAAUAGAGCCGCAAUGCCGGCUCUAACUCAGAAAAUUUCAGGGCUGGGUAUUUCAAUGCCCAGCACCCCCAGUAUCAGCCCUAACAAGUUCGGUAAAUCCACAACCAACACAGGGGUCCCGGAGAAGGCGGCAUUUAGCGAACAUUCAUCGCCAGUAGUGUCAAAUCGUUUGGAAAAUGUGCCAUUAAAUGAUAUUGGAACUUAUCCUGGCGGCCAGUACUUUGAUAAUCUGGUUCAAGCCCCAGUGAGUCAGUACGACGGGCAAAACAGGGCGUUCCCAGCCAGUAGCAGUGUUAAACAGACUAGUAGUACCAGUAAUUUGUUCUCUCAAGCUCAGACGAGCCAAAGUGCGCAAUUUUCCACCAGUAUUCAGGCGACAAGUGCGUACACGCAACCAGCAGGAGUUUCAAGUGCAAGCCAAAGUGUUUUUCCUCCUAGACCCACAGCUCAACCCCCCAGCAGCCAAAUGAGACCAAAUUACGCGGCACCGACCGGCCUCAGAAACCUACCUCAACGAUAUCCCACUCCUGUACAGCCUCAGAGUGUGAAUGCUGCACAAAGACCUCAGCAGCAGUUUAACACGGGGCCGCAAGUGCCAAUUCAGAGAUUCAACCCUCAGAUCAACUACAAUCUGCCGCCUGCCAUGGGACAAAAUCAGCCUCCGCCUGCAAACGCCACAAAUUCCGGCAGCAGAUACCCGGUUGCUGUAGGACCGCAACAGCCCCGACACGUCGGCUUUCUGAACCAACCGAAUCAACCAGCUCAGGGGGUAGUUCAGAGUGGAUUCAGCCGAAUCUGGGGCGGGGAGAACUACGAUUUGCUGCAAAUCCCCAAUAUUCUGCCGCCCGCUCAGGUGCACCCCCCAAACAUUAACCUGGGCCAGGAGCAGCUGAAUCAGGCGAACUGUAGCAAUGAGAUCUUCCGAUGCACCGUGACGAAAAUCCCCGAUUCGGCGUCCCUUUUGCAAAAAUCGCGGCUUCCUUUGGGGCUGCUGAUCCAUCCGUUCAAAGACUUGAACUACCUGCCAGUGAUUCAGUGCAACGUGAUUGUGAGGUGUCGCGCCUGCCGCACCUACAUCAACCCCUUUGUGUAUUUUGUGGAUGCGAAACGCUGGAAAUGCAACCUGUGCUUCAGGGUGAACGAGCUGCCUGAGGAGUUUCAGUUCGACCCCGUUAGCAAAACGUAUGGGGACCCGACGCGGAGGCCGGAAGUCAAGAGCAGCACCAUCGAAUAUAUUGCUCCUGCUGAGUACAUGUUGAGGCCUCCCCAGCCUGCCGUCUAUCUGUUUCUGCUCGAUGUUUCCAGGCUGGCCAUUGAGAGCGGCUACCUGGAAGUUCUCUGCCACACUCUGCUAGAGGAACUUCAAAAUAUACCAGGAGACGCGCGAGCUCAAAUCGGCUUCAUCGCCUACGACUCCAACUUGCAUUUCUUCUCAAUGGCUGAAGGCCUCAAUCAGCCCCACGAGAUGACCAUUCUGGACAUAGACGAUGUGUUCCUGCCAACUCCCGACAAUCUGCUAGUAAACCUGAGAGAUCGAAGGGAACUGGUGGAGGAUUUGCUCAAACUUUUGCCCAAACGCUUCGCCAACACUUUUGAUGAGAACAGCGCUUUGGGGGCCGCCUUGCAAAUCGCCCACAAAUUAAUGGGGCCUACUGGUGGUCGAGUAACAGCCUUCCAAGCGGCGCUUCCGAAUGUGGGCCCCGGAGCAGUUACAUCCAGAGAAGACCCAAACCAGCGAUCAACUGCCGAAGCCCUACUGCUGAAUCCUGUGAAUGAUUUCUAUAAGCGGCUGGCUUUGGAAUGUUCGGGCCAGCAGAUAGCUGUUGAUUUAUUUGUCGUGAAUUCGCAGUAUGUGGAUUUGGCCACUAUAUCGGGAAUUAGCAGAUUUAGCGGUGGUUCGGUUCAUCAUUUCCCACUGUUCAAGUUAAAUCGGCCUCUGGUCGUCGACAUGUUCCAGCGCGAGCUGAGGCGAUAUCUGACAAGGAAAAUCGGCUUUGAGGCUGUAAUGCGAGUUCGAUGCACUCGAGGAUUGGCGAUGCACACUUUCCAUGGCAAUCUGUUCGUCCGCUCUACCGACUUGCUCUCGCUGCCCAACAUUAACCCAGACGCAGGCUUUGGAAUGCAAGUGUCCAUUGACGAAAGCCUGACGGACUAUCAAAGCGUUUGCUUCCAAGCGGCGCUGCUUUACACGACUAGUAAAGGUGAACGUCGAAUCCGCGUGCAUACGUUGUGUUUGCCCAUUGCCAAUACAUUACACGACGUGAUCCAUUCGGCUGACCAGCAAUGUAUCAUUGGUUUGUUGGGCAAAAUGGCUGUGGACAGGUCGACUCAAGCGUCCCUCUCCGAUGCCCGGGAAGCAUUUAUCAAUGCUGUAGUGGAUGUUUUGAGCGCCUACAAAUUAUCCCUUAACAUAGGAACUGCUGGAUCUGGACUGUUAGCACCCGAAUGCCUUAAGCUGCUCCCGUUAUACAUCGCGGCGAUUUUAAAGCACCCCGCUUUUAGAAUAGGAAUUUCUACCAGAUUAGAUGACCGAGUUAAAGCAAUGAUAGACAUGAAGGCGAAGCCUCUGCCUCUCCUAAUUCAGCAAAUCUACCCCGACCUGUACCCGGUGCACAACUUGGAGCUGCAAGAGGUUGUGAUGAACAGCGAAGAGGAGUCGGUGCCGCUGCCGCCUCGCCUGCAGCUGAGCGCAAGAUGUUUGGAAAACAAAGGCGCUUUUUUGAUGGAUUGCGGCGACCAAAUGAUCAUUCUUGUGGGCCCUAAUGUGUCCAAAGACUUCCUUAACCAGGCUCUGGGCGUGCCUGAUUACAGCAGCAUCAGUGAAACCAUGGUGGAAAUUCCCGUGUUGGACAACGUGCCAAAUAAGCGGCUACUCCAGUUUAUCACCUAUUUGAAUGACGCGAAGCCUUAUGCUGUAACGCUGCAAGUUCUGAGGGAAAACAGCCCGAGUAGGGGCGUUUUCCUGGAAAAACUCAUCGAAGAUAGGCUGGAAAAUUCAUUAUCUUACCACGAGUUUUUGCAGCAUUUGAAAACACAAGUGAAAUAGCCGUAGGCAUUGAAAAGUGAACAGUAAUCUAGGGUUUGACAAUUAAAACUGCUGUGGCGAUUAUAACUCGAACUGAAGCUACGAUUAGUGUUAAUGGAAAAUGAAUAUUUAGUGUGCAAUUUUGAGUAACGGCGAGGGAUUAAAGUGAAGUGUGAAGAACCAACAAUUUGCUUGAUUGAAAUUCCGCGAUUCGGCAGCUGCUGUUCUAGUCAUUGUUUCCACUAGGAAUAAAUUCGAAAUUCACUCCGAUGCCAAUUGAAAACCAAAAUUGUCAACUCACACCAGCAAGUUUUUUUUGGUUUGCCAAAUCGUCGGUAGUUUGAAUGAACAUAUGAAUAAAUUGUUGGUGCCCACUUUAAAAUGUUAACGUGACGAUACCGUUUAGUACUUUUGUGUCCUGGAUAUUUUACCUUAAACAUUCACAGUUCUCGCCGCCAGCUAAUCAUAUUAUGAAGUAUCAAAGGACUGUUCAGUGAAAAUACAUGUAUUUUAUAUUUGGGUCGGGCCUUUGAAUAGCCAGUUUGUAAUGAAUAUAUAAUAGUUUUGGGACAGGCCGGUAUUGUGAUAUGUUUUCCUGAAUGCGCAGGAAACGAAAAAAGUAGCAAUAAUUUUGAGGGGAUUGAGACCAAUGGGAGCAAAUUGCUUUGGAGAAAAUAUAACUCUUAACAAAA